UCCAUCGAGCAGGGAUUCAAAUCCCCCGCGUCGACGAUCCAGGAAUAUGGAAGAUCGAAGAGACACGAGGGCGAGCGGGUGGACGUCAAGGUUGAUCAUCACACACUAAAAAUUCUCUUUUCUUCUUGCGUUUGGAACAGCGGUAGCGGAAGCAGAAGGUCAUGAAUCGGAUCGGAAAAAGUAAGAAAAAGAAGAAGAAAAGAACCGGCAUGGAUCCAAACCGACGCCCGAGCGUAACAACGAACGAGGCCCAUCUCGCGUACUCAAAAAAAUCCCGCUGCCGACCCGCAAAAAUCCCAUAUUUUCCGUUUCUGGUUAACCAAUUUUUGGAUUAUUUGUUUGAAUUUUUGUCCUUCCAACCUUGUUCGGUUUAGUUGGUCUCCGCGUUUGGGAGGCUACUUUGAUUCCGAUUCGGGCGUGGGUUUCUAUAUAUGUACUUAUGAUGAUCUUUAAAAGGAGGUCCGAGUCUGGUAGGUUUUGUUUCGUCAUUUUUUUCGCUUUACUCUCCGGUUGCCCUUUUGUUGGUCGCCCAUUUUUUCAUCUGGGAAUCUGGGGGCCCGUCAAAUCGCUGGAACUUUUGCUAUUUCUGGUGGUCUCUGGAGACGAUUGAGCGGAAAGUUGGGAUUUUGGCGGGGAAUUUGCUUUGUUGGUCAAAGAAUUUAGGGUUUGUAGAUUUUGUUUGGGUUUCUUGGAUAAGAGAGUUGGAAUAGAACCGGUGCUUCUCCGUUUAUCCCACAUUCGGGUUCGAUUGGAAGUGGGUGCAGAAGGUAUUGGUUUUGAGAGGAAGCUGAGGUAGCUCGGUUGCUAUGCAUUUGAUGACAUAAAAGAAUGAUGCAUCAAACUCACGGUUUCUCGAAGCAAACUUGUAGACUCGUUGCUGUCUUAUGUGGGAAAUUUACUGGCAAAAGAAAUGAGGUAAAACGACAGCAUCCAUAUCCCUUUCCUGAGCUUGUUUCAUCAGGUCGCCUUGAGGUUCAUACACUUGUUAAUCCAUCAGUGGAUAGUUUCCGUGAAGCUCAGAAGUCACUGAAGCCGAAUAUCUUGUACUUUCAAGGGUCUGAACUUGAGAAUGAGGAAGAAAUAGGCACACUUGUUUGGGGGGACCUUGAUGUGUCCAAGCCCGAUAUGUUCAGUGCCCUCAUUGAUCCUCCAUUACCGACAACAGUUUAUCUGGAGGUCCCCAAUGGUGAAAAAAUCGCACAAGCACUACACUCAAAGGGGACUCCAUAUGUGAUAUACUGGAAGAAUGCAGUCUCAUCUUACACAGCUUCUCAUUUUCGCCAGGCAUUGCUGUCUGUUUUACAAAGUUCAUGUAGUCACACAUGGGAUGCUUUCCAACUUGCUCAUGCAUCUUUCCGCUUGUACUGUGUACGAAAUAACUAUGUUCUCCCAGAUAAUGGGCAAAAAGAAAGCAGCAAUCAUGGGCCACAGCUACUGGGAGAUGCUCCUAAAAUAAAUAUUGUUCUUCCAGAUAGAGCUGCAGAGGAGGGUGAAGAAACCUCAUCCGAUUCUCUUCCUGUGACAAAAAUUAAUGAUGGUGAUGUGGAUAUGAGGUUGCUCAUUUGCGGAUUACCUUGCACGCUGGAUGCAUGUUUACUGGGUUCUUUGGAAGACGGCAUUAAUGCCCUUUUAAACAUUGAAAUUCGUGGGAGUAAACUUAAUAAUCGAAUGAGUGUCGCACAUCCUCUUCAAGAUGGGCCACUUUCUGAUGCUGUUGUUACCAUGCGAUGUGAUCUCACAACUUGUAGUUCCACACACACUUCCAUCUUAGUGUCUGAUAGUGUGCAGUCAUGUCUUAAUGAUCAGGUAUUGGAAAACCACAUAAAAAAUGAACUUAUUGAGAAGAGUCAGCUAGUUCAUGCUAUUCCAGAUUGUGACCAAAACAAACCACCUCUGUAUGAAUCUCUGCCUUCAGUUUCUGUUGCUUGUGGGGCUUCUGCAUUUGAAGUCCGGAUGAAGGUUCCAUCUUGGGCUGUUCAGGUUUUGAAACAGCUAGCAUCUGAAGUCUCCUAUCGCAGCUUGGUCACUCUUGGCAUUGCGAGUAUACAGGGUAUUCCAGUUGCUUCUUUUGAGAAAGAAGAUGCUGAUCGCCUUCUUUUCUUAUGGAAUAGACAAAGGAAAGAAAUUAUCUUCCGACACGAAUUGUCUUCUCUGCCUCCUUUGUCUUCAUCUGUUGUUACAAAGAGGUCCAAGACUUUUUCCGAAGCUAAACCUAUUGCCUUUAGCCAAACCAUGAAGGAAAAUGGGAUUUUUCUUAAUGAUGUUGAGGAUGCCAAGAAGGAAGUUGUUUCACGUGAAGCAAUUCACAUACUCUCAUUUUCUGGUCGGAAAAGAUUGAAGGUUGCUACAAUGAAGCCUGUUCCAUGCUCUCGACAGCGGAUGUUGCCCUUAGGCAUUCAGGAUGAUGUGCCGACUGCAUCUUCCAAAAAGAAUAACACUAUCCGUGUUCCUUUGACACCUAGAACGUCAAUGUCAAGUUCUUUUCGUCCAAAACAGAAGAUUGUACCUCAGAAUCCUCUGCCACUGAAGAAACAUGGAUGUAAUAGAUCUUCGAUUCAAGUUUGCUCUGAAGUAGAGUUUCUUGAGGAUGUUAUGCAGUUUCUGGUCAUUAGAGGACAUAAUCGGCUUGUUCCCCAAGGAGGAAUAUCCAAGUUUCCCGAUGCUGUACUCAACGCAAAGCGCCUGGAUCUGUUCAACUUGUAUAGACAGGUAGUUUCAAGGGGAGGCUUCUAUGUUGGGAAUGGCAUAAACUGGAAAGGCCAGAUUUUCUCAAAGAUGCAAAACUAUACAGCUUCAAAUAAAAUGACUGGUGUUGGAAAUACAUUAAAAAAACAUUAUGAAAUGUAUCUUUUGGAAUAUGAACUAGCACACAAUGACGUAGACGGAGAAUGUUGCUUGUUGUGUCGCAGUAGUGCUCCUGGUGAUUGGGUGAGCUGUGGCUCCUGCAGCGAAUGGGCUCACCUUGGCUGUGAUCGACGUCAGGGUCUUGCUACUUUUAAGGAUUAUGCAAAGACAGAUGGGUUAGAAUAUAUCUGCCCAAACUGUAGUGUAAAUAACAGGAAGAUGAAGUCCCAGAAGGUGGCGAAGUGAUUUUCCGAUCCCUUAACUCUUCCACGGCACAUAUAUUUUUUUUUCCCUUUUUUUCUUGUGCAAGAGGGGAGCCCCAGUUUUAUCAGGGGUUAUAACAUGUAUUAAUUCCUAGUGGUGUUUGCCUAAGGCUAGGAGUCUGAUAUCUAGAUAAAAUACAUAGGGGAAAUGCAAAAAGGCAGUAGUUUCACCUCUUUGCUGAUGAACAUCAACUUCUUUUUUCUUAUCAUUUUUUCAUUGGAUGCAGUUUCAGAUCAAGUUAAAUGUCUUUUGGACAAAGAUGUGACAGAAAUGGAAGGAAAUUAUUUUCCUUCAAUUUUACUGUGGGAAGACCCUGUUUAUC